UUUGCGCGCCAAAAUUCCACAGAAGGCAAAGGCUACUGAGAAACCAAGGUGAAGGACAUCUUUGGAACGCGAAUGUUCGGAAAAGUCAUUAUAGAAUUCUGUGGCCAGGGCAGAGAUCAUCAACAUAAUGCCCAGUGAGGAGAGGCAGAAACCGUGAAUGGAUGUCCAUGGUAAACCCUCGCACUCGUCGGAAGGAAAGGCUGGUUUCCGGUCGAUCAACCAGACGUACGCCAGACAUGGGUCCAGUCAACUUGGAAUUGACAGGAUCCCUAUUACGAGGAUAGGGAUCUUCUCCAUUGCGACCCUGUCAUGGCUGACCCCUAUUAUGUGGUCCCUGUAUCGGCGUGGGAUAGGGUCCGUUCUGUGCUUGACGUGGUGGGAGGAGGACACAGCCCAGUACAAUGUUGACAGACUUGGGGAAUUCUGGGAAAAAGAAAGGAGAAAACAUGGUGCUGAAAAAUGUUCGUUUGGCCGUGCAAUUCGCCACACCUUCAAGACAAGACUCAUCUGCUCAGAAAUUGUUGUUAUGUUGGCAAUAGCGUUUUCCUUUAUCGGAUCGGCAUUUAUUUUGCGACUUCUACUCGACCACAUAUCUGAAUCUAGUCCAAGUGUUGGCGAGGGGGUGGCCAUUGUUGUUGGUUUGAUUAUAAGUGAACUCUGUCGAUGUCUCUUCUUUUCACUCGCCUGGUGUCUCAAUUACUGGAACGGUAUCAAGGUACGAGGGGCAGCGAUGGGAUUGCUGUACAAGAAAAUACUCCGACUACGCAGCUUGAAAGACAAGAAGAUUGGAGAGCUUGUGAACCUGUGUAGCAAUGACGGGCAGCGUUUUUUUGAAGUGAUGGUCAACGGACCGUUUAUCAUGGCCGGGCCGGUGAUAUUUAUUAUCGGGUCCAUCUACCUGGGCUUCCUCAUCGGACCCUGGGCUCUGAUUGGAUGUGCUACGUACCUCGCUUUCUUUGUUCUGCUCAAGUUUGUCAGUGAUCUGAUGGAGAAAUUCCGAUCCACAGCUGUAUCCCUAACAGGAGAACGGGUGAGUCUGAUGACCGAGGUGCUGACUUGUAUGAAGCUCAUCAAGAUGAACGCCUGGGAGAAACCUUUCAAACAAAGAAUUUCUGAAAAGCGAAUGAGUGAGAAGACGGCCCUGGAGCACUCAUAUUUCUUACAGAGCAUCAUCACGUCUCUCGUUCCCAUGGUUCCCCUCAUCGCCUCUGGAUUCAUGUUUAUCUCACUCAUCCUGUCAGGAAAUGACCUCAAGGUGUCGGAGGCCUUCACCAUAAUAGCCCUGCUGUAUUCGAUCAGCCUCUCUCUGGGUCUGGCGACACAUGGAGUGAGGACAUUGGCUGAGGCCACCGUGGCAGCACGUAGGUACAAGGAAAUUCUACUGAUGGAUGAGAUUGCUGAUGGCCAAAGGGAGAUAACUGAAGAUGGGGUAUCUGUGAAGAUGAGCAACGCGACUUUCAGCUGGGAGGGACAAGAUGAUGAUGAUGACAUAAGUGUGGAAGCUAUGAUUGGAGGAAUCUCAAAAGAGGAAAUUCUUCAGUCAUUCAGGAAGCGAUUAGCAAGUACGCACAAAGAAGAAACCCACACUGAGGUUGACGAUAAUGAAGAAAUGGAAAACAGCACUCCAUUGUUGGGGAGCCUAACUACAGUAGAGAAAACAACAUCUCUUGCUGAGAUUGACUUUAUUAUUAAAACGGGUGAGCUUGUCGGUAUCUGUGGAAUGAGGGGCAGCGGGAAAUCGUCUGUUCUCUCAGCCUUACUUGGACAGAUGAAGUUGCAGUCGGGGAAAUUUGCGGUUAAAGGUCGGAUUGCGUAUGUCAGUCAGGAACCAUGGAUAAUCAACGGAACAGCUCGUGAAAACAUUUUAUUUGGGAAAGUGAAGGAUGAAGAAAGGUACAAGGCUGUUAUUGAAGCAUGUUGUUUGGACAAGGACUUUGAUACUUUCGGAGCUGGCGAUUGUGUUGAAAUCGGUGAGCGAGGUCUGAACAUCAGCGGGGGCCAGAAGCAGCGGAUCAGCCUGGCACGCGCCCUCUACAGUGACAGCGACAUCUACCUACUCGACGACCCCAUGUCGUCCCUCGACAUCCACAUCGGCCGCCACGUCUUCACACAUGGUAUCAAGAAGCUGCUCAAGGGGAAAACGGUGCUCUUCGUCACGCACCAUCUCGAAUAUCUGAGCCGGUGUCACCUGGUGGUGCUGAUGAACGGUGGUCGGAUCGUCGAGAUGGGGAGUCACUCGGAGCUGAUCGACGCCAACUGCGACUACUCUGACCUGAUGUCGCUCUACUACAGCAAGUACGAACAAAUCCAGAAAGAGAGAAUUAAGUCUACCAACUUCAGCAGAGAGGGGCGCACUACUCCGCAGCGUGGGUUUUCCCGACUGUCGCGGAAGGUGCUGAGUCGCCAGCUGAGUCGGAUGACAACGACGGAGGGACUACAGCAUCAGUACAGCAUCAUCUCCACAAGCAGCACCGUGUAUGGCGACUACGACUACGUUGAUAUUGACGACCUGGUAGCUGGUCAGGAGAUGGACAACUCUCAGGUGACGUUUGACGUUUACAAGAUGUACAUCUCCAACGCUGGCGGCUACUGCAUCGUGUUGCUCAUCUUCAUCAUGUUCGCCACCAGCAUCGGCAUUCAGACCAGCGCCACCUGGUGGCUGGCCUACUGGUUAGAACAGGGAGAUGGGAAUGCAUCGUCUAUCAACAACUCAACUCAUCACAGUGGUAGCGUGGCCGACCACCCCGACGUCAGGUUGUACGCCCUCGUCUAUGGCCUCUUCAUCAUCUCCAUGCUCAUCAUCGUCGCCAUCAGGGGCCUCGUCUUCAUGAAGGUAUUGCUUCGGGCUGCUAGCCGAUUACACAAACAACUUCUACAGCGAACAAUGCACAGUCCGAUGAAAUUCUUCGAUAAGACUCCAUUAGGGAAAAUUAUCAACCGUUUUGCAGCGGACAUGGACGAAGUUGACGUUCGGUUACCCUCGAAUCUUGAGUUGUACCUUCAGAACAUUUUGCUCGUGUUUUUUGCACUUGUUAUGAUUUGUGUCCUGUUUCCAUGGGACCUCCUGGCCAUCUUGCCUCUCUCGAUUGUGUUUUUUGUCCUGGCGUACAUGUUCACGCCCAUCUUACAGCGACUUAAGUUUAUCGACAACCUGACGCGAUCCCCGUACCUGGGGCAUCUGGCCGCCUCAGUGGAAGGGAUCUCGACUAUCAAUGUGUACGGACAGGCAGACAGCUUUGUCAAACAAUUCUGUGACAUGCUGGACAUGAACACCAUCCCAUUCUUCCUGUUUUAUGCAGCCAAUCGGUGGCUGGCUCUCUUCCUUGACCUCAUGACGAUCGCUGUGAUUGGUGUAACUGGAUUCCUUGUUGUUCUCACUGUAACCCCGAAAACAAGGCCCAGGCUGGCUUGGCACUGUCUUUUGCAUUUCAGCUUUAUAACGAGUUUACUACAGUACACACUCAGACUCUCUGUGGAGACAGGAGCACGGUUUUCAUCUGUACAGAGGAUAACAGACUACAUUGAGAACCUGCAGACGGAGGGGAAUCCUGCAGGCCAAGCGUCGCCCGUCCCGGCCACGUGGCCCAGCGAGGGCUACAUCACGUUCUCCAAGUUCCGCAUGCGCUACAGCGACGGCCUGCCUCUUGUGCUGAAGGGAAUCAGCCUCAACAUCCAGCCCAGACAGAAGAUAGGAAUUGUCGGAAAGUCCGGGUCAGGAAAGUCGUCACUUGGAGUUGCUCUGUUCCGACUGUCAGAGGCUGCGUCGGGUGCAAUUACGAUCGACGGGAGGAACAUCCGCGACGUCGAGCUUACUGACCUCCGAUCUAGACUGACGAUACUUGUGCAGGACCCAGUGUUGUUCGAGGGGACGGUCAGAUACAACCUUGACCCAUCUGGAUGCUACCAUAGUGAUGACCUUAUUUGGGAAGCUUUGGCAAAAUGCCAUAUUAAGGAAAAGGUUGUUAGCUUGCAGAAUAAAUUAGAUACACUUGUAGAAGAAAAUGGCAGAAACUUUUCUACUGGUGAAAAACAGUUGCUUUGUUUAGCAAGGGCAUUGUUACGUCACACCAAGAUUCUGAUCCUGGAUGAGGCGACGGCGUCGGUGGACACGCGGACCGAGUCUCUGGUGCAGCAGACAAUCCAGGAGGUGUUCGAGGACUGCACAGUCCUUACCAUCGCACAUCGGCUCGUCACCAUCCUCGACUGUGACAAGGUGCUCGUCAUGGAUGAUGGAAAAGUUAUGGAAUUUGAUUCCCCUAAAGUUCUUCUAGCUAAAAGACAUUCAAAAUUUAAAACAAUGAUUGAAGCUUUGAAGACGCAUCCAAAAGACUCGGUUUCCGAGGAUACUGUAAUCCCCCUCGAAGUGUCCGACUCACUACCCAAAGAUCCAUUUCCUGAAGACUCUGUCGUUUCAUCUCUUUCUUACACAGAUAAGACGGAGCCAUGGUUUAGCUAGCAAAGAAAAAAUACAGACAGCACCAUGCAACCAGAAUGUGCCUUUGACUUUCGCAAAUACAAAGUGCUGUCAUAAUAAUGAUGCAUGCAAUUCAAAAGACUUGGAAGCAUUUUUCUUAUAUACAUUAGAAUCUCGUUUGGUUGAACUCCGAAGGGUCGAAUACAUUGCAACGCUUGAAACAAAAACGAAGUCCCGAGUUACACUUACACAAUGUGUACCUUAUGGUUAGUUCGAACUACCCGAUGGGUCGAACACUUUCUCAAGCACCGACGGGGUUCGAACCAACGGGAUUCAGCUGUAUAUAUCUUCCAAUCUCAAGGCAGAAAGCAAUUAUUUAUUUUUUAAAAUUUCAGUCUCAAGGAAGAAACAAUAUCUUGCAUUUACAAGAUAUUAUAUUUUAAACACCUUGAUUGUGAACAAAGACAACAUUUUAAAAAGAACAAUUAUAAUCUCAGUCUAGAAAGAAUAUAAGUAUUUUUUAGUUUUUAGUAUAUAUGUAUAUAAUGGAGGGAAUUGCAAUGGGUUUUUUCAGGUGUUAAAAUUGUCUUUGAAACUGACACUGGUGCUAAAACUACUGCUUGAUUGAAGCAGCCUCCAGGGAAAAUAAGGUUUUGUUCAGUUAGCUUUAUCAUAUUGCAUUAUUUGUAUCUAUGUAACUUAAGUUUUUCGCUCCAGGGCUUCUAGAAUGUUUAUAAAAUCCACUGGCCAUGAGAUCAGGGAUUUAAAAAAAUUAUCAGCCACGAUUUAAAAUUCACAAGCCCUAUUUUACUUUAAAUUAAUACAAUUAAUACAAUUUUAUUAAAUAGUAAUAAAAAUGACAUAUGUCACCUAAAGAGGGAGAUAGAGCUUAAAAACACUAACAUUGGGGGUUGGAGUGGGGU